AUGGUGAAAUCCAAAUUUUCAGAUUGGAAGGGAAUGCUGUUGUCCAUUACUGGGAGAAUUACUCUUAUCAACUUUGUGUUAUCCAAUUUACCGAUUUUUAAUUUUUCUCUUUUCAAAAUACAUGUGGAAGUUAUUAAUGAAUUCGUAGGCUCUAACGAAAUUUCCUAUGGUAUGGUAAGCCGGAGAAUAGAAGGGUGUGUUGGUUUAGCUGGGAUUCGAUAUGUAGACCAAGAGAGGCUACUGGUUCCUAUCAAAGUUAAGGUGUUUGGGUGGAGGCUCUUGCAAGAUAGAUUGGCAACAAGAUCUCAGCUGGCCAAUAGAGGUAUCUUUCUCAAUUUGUCGAACAAAACUGAAGUAGAAGCUUCGGAUGAAUCAGAUUAUUGUAGCCACUUCUUGAAGGUGGGAGAUAAUAUGUUAAAGAUAAGAGUGAAAAAACAUAGAGCAUGGGAUUUCUGGUUAGCCGUUUGUAGGUGCAUUUGGAAGAGCCGCAACAAUAUUAUCUUCAAAGGUUGCAUUGAUAAUGUUGGUGAAGUGUUAGUCAAAGUUAAGGUGUUUACUUGGAAGUGA